GCCCCCAUUGUCGCUCUCUCAAGGUACGUGACGCUCGUCCACGUCGCCGAUCCGCUUGUUUUAUUUUUUAUUUUUCUUCUAUCUUUUCUUUCUCUUCCUUUUCCUCUCCUUUCCUUCGGUUUGCCUGUCUUGCUUGUUUCUUCUUCUUGUUCUUCUUCUUUUUUCUUACUCCUUCCCCCUAGUUUGUUGUUUUUUUCAUCCCUGCAGAACGUGCGUCGCGUUGUUGUCGGUACCGUUCCUUCAUCCUCACCGAUCAGACCAUCGUGGGCCUCUCCGGCCUGCUGCCUGUUCACCUCCACUGACUCCCUCCGUAGCUCGAUCCUUUUCAUCUCGUCAAUCCGUAUCCCUUGUCCACCCACCCUGAUCUGUGGGUUUCCCUCGGCUUCAUCGUGACGACACUCCCACUCGCCCGUGGAUAAAGAGCCGGAUUCAUCAACCAAGGAACGGGUCCUGUCCUCUCGUCGCCGCACAUCAACUCGGCCUAUAUAUUUGUUCGCUGUCCCAUCCAUGGUGGCGUACUCGUCGUCUGCUCCGUCCUUCCAAAAACCAUCACCGUACCUGAGUUCCUCCGCCAAAAUGGCCCGAUUUCAAGCGAGUAAUAUCCUGGGCGACCCGUUCGCUCUCGUCACCACCGCCAUCGCCAUGCUGGCCUGGAUGAUCGCCUUUAUUCCAUCCAUCGUUGCCGACGCCAUUGGCAAAUACCCAACUUACUCGUGGUGGGCCAUCGCCUACAUGCUUUGCUGCAUUGGUGGCUUGGUCGUGGUCUUUGGCACCGACACCGGUCAGGUCUAUGGCGUGGCGAUUGUCGGUUAUCUGGCCGCCGGGCUCGUGUUUACGACCGUUGCGGUGAACUCGCUGGUCUACUCUAAUAGCGGCCCCUCGCAAGCUGCCGCUGCCGGCUUUAUUCUCCUGUCCAUGGUCAUCAUCGUCUGGAUCUUCUACUUCGGAUCCACUCCGCAGGCCUCGCACCGUGGGUUCAUCGACUCGUUCGCCCUGCACAAGGAACAGCCGCCCACGCCGUUCGGCGGAGUCCGCCCGAUGUCGACCGCAUUCGCGACCCGCCCCGAGACUACCUCCACGCAACCGCAGAUGUACACGUCCGCCCAGCUGAACGGAUUCGAGACCUCGUCCCCCGUCUCCGGCUACCCGGGCGGUGCCCCGGGCGACAACCGCAGCUCGCAAGCCCGGUUCGGCAACCCAUCGACGACGAACCUGGGCACGGGCAGCACGCCCGACGUGGUGGGCGAGGUGCCGCAACCGACCGAGUACCCGUACCGAGCCAAGGCCAUCUACUCGUAUGACGCCAAUCCCGAAGACGCCAACGAGAUCAGCUUCAGCAAGCAUGAGAUCCUGGAGGUGUCGGAUGUCAGCGGGCGAUGGUGGCAGGCGCGGAAAUCCACAGGGGACACGGGAAUUGCCCCGUCGAACUAUUUGAUCUUACUGUGAUGUGUAUCUGUCUUGCACCCUUUUCUUUUUCCAUUUUCUCCUUGUUUUAUUGCAUUUCUUAUCUGGUCCCGACCUGUUACGGUCGUCGCGGUAUGGUCGCGGGAGAAAAAAAAUGUCUUGAUACCCUUCGAGUAAGAUCUCACUCGGCGCGAGUCUGGUUUGCAAAUCACGUUACGUCUUGAUGGCUAUGUUUGCACUAAUUUGGUUGUUUUUUUUUUAACUUAUUUUUUGUUCUCUUUAUCUUUUCCUUUUUCUCUCUGUUUGAUUUCUUUUUAUUUUUUUGUGUGACUAUUGUCCGAAACUUCUCCGUGUGUCAUUGAAUAGAACCGGUGGAGUGUUCUAUUUUCGGAUGGAUCUGUACGUGAUUCGUGGCAUUACUGUCCUUUAUUUUUCUCGGCGGGCCCUUGCCCCGGUCGAUCUGUCGGAGUAGAUGGUCUGGAGGGUUGAGGAAUGAAUCUGAAAUUCAGUGUAGUUAUCUGUAUGAGAGAUCUAACGUUUCAUUGUAAAGGUUGCGAGAGAUGAAGCCGUUGGACGCCACGUGCGGAGGGCGUUGUCCGAUUGGAUAUGCAGCUGCGAGACAAGUCAUGGAUCGACCGAUUGAUA